GCGGGCGGUGGGAGGGGGGAGCGGGUCACGUGAGGUCUCCCCGUCCGUCGCUGCGGCCGGCCGCCAUGUCGUCUUUCCCGGAGCUGUACUUUAACGUGGAUAACGGUUACCUGGAAGGGCUGGUGCGGGGUUUUAAGGCCGGGGUGCUGCGGCAAGGCGACUACGUGAACCUGGUGCAGUGUGAGAGCCUGGAGGACUUGAAACUGCACCUCCAGAGCACAGACUAUGGAAACUUCUUGGCCAACGAAGCCUCCCCGCUCACCGUCUCCGUCAUAGACGACAAGUUAAAGGAGAAGAUGGUGGUGGAGUUCCGUCACAUGAGGAACCACGCGUAUGAGCCCCUAGCAAGCUUUCUGGACUUCAUCACGUACAGUUACAUGAUCGACAACGUCAUUCUGCUGAUCACUGGGACCCUGCACCAACGCUCCAUCUCUGAACUGGUGCCCAAGUGUCAUCCUCUGGGGAGCUUUGAGCAGAUGGAAGCUGUGAACAUUGCUCAGACGCCUGCUGAGCUCUACAAUGCAAUCCUGGUGGACACUCCCCUGGCUGCUUUCUUCCAAGACUGCAUAUAUGAACAGGACCUGGAUGAAAUGAACAUCGAAAUCAUUCGAAACACGCUGUAUAAGGCUUACCUGGAGUCCUUCUACAAGUUCUGCAAGGUGCUGGGAGGUACCACGGCAGAUGCCAUGUGCCCAAUCCUGGAGUUCGAAGCCGACCGGAGAGCCUUCAUCAUCACCAUCAACUCAUUUGGUACUGAGCUGUCCAAGGAGGACCGAGCAAAGCUGUUCCCUCACUGUGGCAAGCUCUACCCUGAGGGCCUGGCUCAGCUGGCCAGAGCAGAUGACUACGAACAAGUCAAAAAUGUUGCCGACUACUACCCCGAGUACAAGCUGCUAUUUGAAGGGGCUGGCAGCAACCCCGGAGACAAGACCCUUGAAGACAGGUUCUUUGAGCAUGAGGUGAAGCUGAACAAGCUGGCUUUCCUCAACCAGUUCCACUUUGGAGUCUUCUACGCCUUCGUGAAGCUGAAGGAGCAGGAGUGCCGCAACAUCGUGUGGAUCGCGGAGUGCAUCGCCCAGCGGCACAGGACCAAGAUCGACAACUACAUCCCCAUCUUCUAACCCCGCUCUCUUUCCCAUCCAACCUUCCCACCCCUGGAGUCUGGAGGGACCCCCUGUCUUCACUCCCCAGGCGCCGGGGAUGUCCCAUCUGUGGAACUGGCUCAGAUGAGGAAACUGUACAGUCGCUAGUUAAAUUAUUGACGAGCUGAAGUUUGCGUUGUGUGUGCUGUGAGGGGUCCGGAGGGAGCAGUGCCACAGGCUUGGCCCUGUGUAGCAGGAGGGGACACUCCUGUUGUGUAUCCCAUAGUCCCCGUGUUACUCUACUCAUCGUCUGUCUGUGCUUAUUGCUGGUAGAGCAAGCACCAGCUGGGGGGGUUGCUGUCUCCAAGGGGUUCCCGCUGCUACAGAGGAAGGUACCGGGUCCACCACGGCCGGGUUGUCCUCUCCCUCAGUGCUCUGCACGCCUCCUAGUCGAUGUUGUUCUUGUGAGAUUUAGUUGGAGUGUAAUUUUGUCGCGUAGCCCCUGCUGCUAUGCAAUCCCUGCCUCCCCCUGGAGCUAACUCUGACCUGGGAGAUACUGGGCAGCCCUGGCCAGGACUGGGACGGAGCCUGUGGGAAGGUCAGGGCAGAGCCAGACUGCUGGCUCCAGACAUGUGCUGGUGGACCAUGUUCCUCCCUGCUCCACCAGCAUUUGCACUAGUGUGGCCUCGGGAGCAGCUCUCACCAGUUUCCCUCCUGCCCUGCAGCCUGAAAGGGCUCCAUAAGCUGCAUGAGAUCCUUCCUCCCCUCAAGACCCAUGGCUUGGAGCUCCUCUUUGGCUCUGGGGAUGGUGCUGGACCCCCGCACAUCCAGGCUGGUGCAGCCCCCUCCCAGUGACCAGGCUGGCACUGCUGUGGAGCCACUGGGCAGGGCAGCCCUUGGCUCUGGCUCCUCUUGGUCACCCUGAGGGUGGCUGGUGGCAGAAAUGUCCCACGCCCUGUCCCGGCCCUGCCCCUCUGUGGUUAGGGAGUGGGAGCCAAGCCCUGGGCACAGCCUGGCAGCCCUGCUCCUUGCUCCUCUCCGUCCAGGCGAGAUCCCACUUGUCCUUGAGAUCUGGGAGAUGCCCCGUGGUGGCGUGGCACCGGAGAGACCUCGCUGGUGGAGAACACGUGCUGGGAGGGAUGGGUGGAGAGCGGCUCCAUCCCAGCUUGUGCUGUGGUCACCUCUGCAGUGUUUGUUUAACCUGUGAUCCCCCUCCUCUUUGCACCAAUAAAUAUCUUCCUCCUGCA